AUGUAUCGGCCUUCUUUCUCGAAUUUUCUUUCACUCUUUUACUUCUUUUGUCUUCCAACCCUCUCCCCCCCUCUAUUCCUUUCUUUCUUUUUUCACGUUUCUCCUUUCUCUCUCAGUUUCGAACCCUGUUUCUCUUUUACUCCUCACUUUGUAUCUCUCUUCUUUCUCACUAUCAAUGCCUCUGAUUUCCUCUCUUCUUCUUUUUUGCCUCCCUCUGUCCUAUUAUCUUUUAUUUUUCUUACUCUGAAUCUCCCUUCUCUCUUUAUAUCUCUCUCUGAUUUCUUCUCUUUCUCUGUCAUUCUCUUCUCUCUUUUUUUCUCUUUUCUCUCUUUUUCUAACUGCUUUUUUAUAUUUCUAUAUCUUUCUCUUUCUCUUGCACUUUUUCCCUUUAUACCACAUUUCUUUAUCACUUUCGACCUCUUUCUUUUUCUCUAUGUACUGAAGUUCCAUUCUCUCUUUAUUUCUCUCUUUCUCUGUAUCUCUCUUUGUACGUAUCUAUUUUUCUUUUUUUCUCUCUCUCUUUUUCUGCUAUUCUUUUGCUGUAUCUCCUUUUCUCUUUUUAUAGAUCCCUUUUCUCUCACUCUCUGUAACUCCCUUCUCUUUCUUUAUAUCUCUAGUUUUCUUUCUUUCUUUCUCCCUAUUUGUAUCUUCUAA